CUCUUCGACUUUUCGUGACAGCAUGUCAUUUUCGACAUUUGAUUGAUAAUUUUCUAAAGAUCCAUCAAAUUAGUUUGUUUGAAAGUUACUUUAGGCGCUAAAUGUUAAUAUUUUAUAAAUUUCACGUCUUUGAAACGAUGUGAGUAGACGGCAACCAUAUUACGAGGUCGUGGCUUUGGUACCCCAUUAUGAGUGCGCAAAAGUGCGUCGUCGAAGGCUGCAAUUUAGAAUAUGAUGUGGUCUGCAGCUUUUCCUUUUACAAUGUUAACACAUCAGCCCAGACGGACGAUAAGCGGCAGGACUGGAUCGAAGGUGCUAUGCAGGAAGAGAGUGAGUGCCUCUGGAGGCAUGUGAGCUUGCAGUUAUGUGGGUAUCAUUUCGAACUGGACGCACAAGGGCUAUGGAUCGACUCGCCGAUGUUACCUGAGCUCCUGACUCCACAGGAGCAAGCGGCGCCCAUGCAGCAGACUCCUGCAGAUAAGAAAAUUGCAGACAUCAUACGAAUGGAACACAACUACAGCGUGGAGCCGAUCAAGGAGACAGUGGAGAGCGUUUCCCGUCUCAAUGUCAGACAACUGGUCGAUACUUUGGGCUAUUUAUCCCUGAAGAACCUGCAAAAGAAACAGCUGUGGGUGGUUAAAGUUGAAACAGACAAGGCUGAAGCUUCCAUAACGGCAUCGGAGCAAGUCAUCACAAAGAUGCCAGACCCAAAGCAAAUUAUUGAGAUUGUACCGCAAACGUCAACCUCAGAAAUACAACAGAACGAAGUUCUCCACGUAAUGGAAGAUGGGAAUAUAUCAGACAACUUUAUUUAUGAAAUAGCCGAGGAACAGGAGAUAAGCAUGGAGGAUGUCAAAGAAAUACCAGUAACAAGUAACAGAGAAUGGACGGUCAAUAUAAUACCGGAAGAGUCAAAGCCCAAAUACGCAUACAUAAAACAUUGCAACACAGGUAAGAAAAGAAGACAUUUCACCGCUGAAAUGAAUGAAAUAACACUGCAAGGAGAUUUUGAGAAUUAUUACAUAUUACCGGACGUGGACCCGUCCGUCGGUGUGGAGAUCACCACAACCUAUGAGCCGGAGAACUUUAUCGUUGAGGAGUACCCACAUCUGGUGUUGGAGGAGCGCCCCAGGAAGAGGUCCAGGGAUUCUGAUCCAACGAAACGUAGGAAGAAAAAGAUUAGUUCACCGACGGUGAGAGAACAGGUCAGGCAGUUGAAGACGGAGAUAAAAACUGAAAUCGAUGAAGACUGGGUGAUAGAUAACAGCGUUUACGACCAGGACACGUCUGAUGACUACGAUGAUAAAAAAGCAGCCAGGGUCAGACGGAAAAAUAAAAAAUAUCUAGGAUACGAUUUCGUUACCUAAGGACUAAGUUGGGACGUCUGCAAAUUUUGAUCAUUUAUUAUUAAUUUUUUUUUUAUCUUUAUUUAGAUAUAUAUUCGCGUGAUCCUAUGCCUUAGUUUUUAAUAUAGUAACAUUACGUUAAUAUUUCUUUACAGUAUGCUAAAUAAUCUAUCUACUUUUAAAUAUAAUGAGAAAAUUGUUUUUUUUUUCUUAUACUAUAAUAAGAGGUUAGUAUCGGUCAAUCAUGUACAGCCCAAACUAUGAAUUGUUCGAUACCCAUCUGCGUUACUGGUAAAUACAUAUGUUUUAAAAAUUA